GCUCCUCUGAUCUAUACAGCAACAGUAGCCUUCCUUCCUCUAGGCUGCAGAGCACCAACUACAAUGGCUACCAGUUAUCAUUGUUACACGACACCACCAACUAUGUGAGGAAGCGAAUGGGGUCUCUGUAUGAAGACAGCAUUUACAGCAGCAGCAGCUCACGGCGAUACGGUGGCAACGCCGCCCGCGUAUCGUCCGAGUACAGUGGUUUCUUGGGCUCCAGCUCCAGGACGUCCUCCAGGGCCAGUUCAGCCUGUGCCAGCCCAGUGGAGGACUGCGGCGGCUCGGUGGCCAGCUUUCUGCGCAGCGCUGCCAGCACCAGUGGCCUGCCGAGGGACCUGGACCAUGUGACCAUCCCAGACGUGGAUGAUCGGUUAGAGAGAGACUACUUGGAGAAGGGGUCUCGAGCUUCAUCCCUAUCUUCAGCGACCCUUGCAUCACUGGGCGGGACUUCCUCACGGAGGGGCAGUGGCGACACUUCCAUCACUGCUGAUACGGAGGCCUCCAUACGAGAGAUCAAGGAGAUUCACGAACUUAAGGAUCAGAUCCAAGAUGUGGAGGCCAAAUAUAUGCAGAGCCUCAAAGAACUCAAGGACACUCUCACAGAGAUGGAGGAGAAAUAUCGUAAAGCCAUGGUGUCCAAUGCCCAGCUAGACAACGACAAAUGCAACCUGAUGUACCAGGUAGACAUUCAGAAGGACUCGCUCAUGGAGCUGGAGGAGCUGCUGUUUGAGAUCCGCCGAGAAUACGAGGAAAAGGCCAAGGAACUGGAGCGGGAGAAACAUGCCCAUAGCAUACUGCAGUUCCAGUUCAAUGAGCUCAAGCACACACUGAAGCAGAGUGAGGAACUAUUAACGGAGAUUCGUCAGCUGCAUCUCCAGCAGGAAGGCAAUGUUAGGGAGAUCGCUGACCUGCAGGAAACUCUGGAGUGGAAAGAUAAAAAAAUUGGGGCCUUAGAGAGGCAGAAGGAGUAUUCUGAUGCGAUCCGAAAUGAGCGGGAUGAGCUCAGGGAUGAGGUUGUCCAACUGAAAGAUAUUUUGAAGAAACAUGGUAUUGUCCUUGGACCAGACUUGAGCACCAACGGGGAGACAGGAGAGUCUGUGCUUGACGGACCAGGUCAGGCAGACACCGACACCAAGACAUCACCCACAGAAGGAAGUAGCAUACUUGAGAUCCGCUUGAGAAAACUGGUGGAUGAGAGGGAGAACCUCAUAGAACAGGUGAAAAACCUGAAAGCACAAAUGGAGCAGAGAAAACCGAGAAAUGGGACAGACAAUGGGUCUAGCCCUGAGGGAGAGGUCUUGGAGAAUGGAGAUGCCAACAGGCUCAUUAGUGACCUCAAAUUUAAGGUUGUGAAAUCAGAGCAAGAAGUUACUGCUCUGGAACAAAAUAUCUCCCGGUUGGAAGGUCAGGUGACACGGUACAAAUCGGCAUCGGAAAAUGCUGAGAAAAUAGAGGACGACCUUAAAGCUGAGAAACGCAAGAUGCAGAGAGAGCUUCGCUCAGCUUUGGAUAAGGUGGAUGAACUGGAGGCGAGCAACAGCCACUUGAACAAACGGCUGGAGAAGAUGAAGGUUGGUCGUGGAAACGCAACGAGUCCGCAGUGAGGAAGGGGACGCCCCUCAUGUCUGCUAAAUGCUGAGUGAUACCUCUGUCCCUGAUUGGCUGGUUGCCUUGAAGGCCCACUGCUCUUCUCACUCUGCCUCACUCCUCGAAGAAGACUCUUCUCUGAUGUAUCAACACGCAAACGUGCCAUUUUGUUGCCUAUAUGUUUUUUUUUCUCCCACUGUUGGUUUAAAUGAACUUAUCAGGAUGGAUAUCCUAUUGGAAACCACAUACAGGACUGUUGAGAAAUAAACUCUUUGCGUAUGUGUGUAUCAUCCUGCAAAAAGCACAAUGUGGUUAAUGCAAUGCUGUAAUUGGAAUGAAAUCUUAUUGCGAUUUCUAGCCUUUACCCACGAAUGAUAAAGGUAAUAGAGAUAUCAGGUUUUGGAGACUGGGUUUUCAGAUGGGCUCCUGGCUGAUGACAAAUUAGACUAGCCUAACCAUAUCUUACAUCCUACAGACAUCUUGAACAGUGCUGUCUGCAGCUUUAACAACUCAUUUAUAGGUGUCCGUUAGUGUUACCAUCUCUCUCUCUCUCGAUCGAUAUGUUGACCCUUCAACACAAACUUUGCAUCUUUUCACAUGCUUUCUUAAGCCAAAGUGUGUACAAUUCUAUUUUUUGUCUGGAAUGUAUGCAAGUAUGUGAGUGUGGAUUUUUCUUAUGUUUGUGUGUCUGAGACCAAGGGCGUUUAGGGUAAAUGUUCAGCUUGUGGACAUGCAGUUGAGAAUGCAUUAAUUCAGUGUAUACCUACACAAACACCUGUCACAUUAGAUAUAGUGUUGCACAAUCAGGAAAUAUAUUGUAUCUGCACUUGCAAUUUCACAGGCUUUUAUUUCAGAUGAUUUGUUGGGGUGUGAGGUGCUUUUCCCCCACCCUUUUAGCUAUAGAUUUAAGUAACUCUUGAAUGUACCUGCUGUUUCAUUGACAUGGAGAAUCAAUGAGAACAACCAGAUAAAGCAUAUUUUUUAGAGGAAUUGCUGAGCAGGAACAUUGCUGUUGGUAAAUAGCUAGCACAAAGUUGGCUGCCACCACCCUGGAUGGUGACUAUACAUUUACAGUUAGCGUUAUCUUAGGAUUGAAAUGAACUUGCAAAUGUAUGUGACAUGUAUGAAACUCUAUACAGAAAAAGGCCUUUGAAGGAACUGUCCACAAAUACACUAUGGAGUCACUAAUUAUUUUGCUUACUCACAACCUCUGUCAUAAGUGUAUGGUUAUUAUGGUAUGGCAAUUUUUGAGACUAGUUUUACAGCCAUGUCCGCAGUAAACUGUAGCCUUCAUACAACUGACUGGCGAGAUCUUUCAGUAUGCUUUGACAUUCAGGCAUCGCUAAAACAUUCAGCUUUGAGGCUAGAUUGUAUUUUAAGGUUCACAUAAAUAUUUAGUGAUGCUUAAUAGCCCUUGCUGAGUAAAAAAAAUCACUACGAUAAUAACCUUCGCCCUGGUGAGAAGCUGCUUCACCUUGUUUACAAAGCUUUAAAAUGGUUGAAGGAAACCUACUGAAUUGUAUUUUUGUGCAAUAAAAUGUCUACUCUGAUAAAUCA